GAGGGGAGGAUGAGGGGAGGAGAGGGGGAGAUAACUCAGUAAGACAAACAUUCACAUGCAGCAGAAACUCCGCAGCGGACACGCAUCUUUUCACCAUGUAGAGGCAGACAGACACGCAGAACAACUCAGCUUCAUCUUCAAACUUGAAACCAGCAUGUAUCCUGAGCUGCUCUGACUGGAAACACCGACUGACGUAUUCUCUGCAGAGAUUUUUUUUUUUAAUGCAGGAGCAGAAAAUGGCAGCCGCAGACAUCCUCUACUUCACUUUGUGGCUCACCUCAGUCUUCACCACUGGACUUAGCUGCCCGGAGCUCUGUACCUGCUCAGAUAAAUACGGACGACAUUCUGCUGAAUGCUCCUACAAAGGCUUGGUGGGAGUCCCAGACGGUUUUCCUCCUAAUGUGACGACUGUGAGUCUCUCCGCUAACAUGAUCACUUUGAUACCAGUGGGGAGCUUCGACAAUGUCACUCGGAUAACAUCGCUGUGGAUGGCCAACAAUGAGAUUGUCUCCAUCGAAGAAGGGACCCUCAUGCCUUUGGUUCAUCUGCGUAACUUUGACAUCAGCCACAAUAUGAUUGUAGACUUUCCUUGGGAGGAUCUGCAGAACCUCACGGGCCUGCAGCUGUUGAAGAUGAACCAUAACGAGAUGGUCCACCUGCCGAAGGACGCCUUCUCCAACCUCAAAGACCUGAGGUCCCUCCGACUCAAUAAUAACAAAUUCAUAACAAUAACUGAAGGGACGUUUGACAGUUUGGUGUCUUUGUCUCACUUGCAGAUUCAUAAAAAUCCUUUUGCAUGCACCUGCUCCCUCGACUGGCUCAGAGACUGGAUUUCAACAACUACUAUCUCGGUCCCGGAGCAGAAUCUGAUCAUCUGUGCAACUCCACGGAAACUGAGAGCGAAAGCAAUCAGAAAAUUACCUAAGUCAAAGUGCACAAGUACAAAUGUGACGAUACGAACUGAGCCAAAUAUUCACAACAUGACUUUCUAUAAAGGAAGCGCAUUGGUCUUGACUUGUGAAUUCACAGGAAACCCAAAGCCUCUGGUAAUGUGGAAUAUUCGCAGCAAAAGCCAGGAGCAAGAGCUGGCUUUGUCUUUUACUGAGGAUGACUUGGCAGAAUCAAAUGAGGACUCCUCACUGUCUUAUAAUCCCAUCAAAGUCUUUAAUAACGGGACUCUUAUCAUUUCACACCUCAGGAAGGAAGACGGAGGCAACUACAGCUGCUCGGCCACAAAUGAGUUUGGAAGAGCAGAGGAUUCAGUGUCAGUGGAGGUGGUGGCUUCAACUAAACCAACACGCACCAAACAAAAGGCCACAACACCUACUUAUACCAAAACACACCCAUAUAUACAGCAAACAACACACAAAACAUCUCUGUUGGACUCAGUGCGUCUUCCUGAUUUAAAGAGAAAAGACAUGAUGAAAAUUGGACCCACUUUCCCGCCCGCUGCAGAGAUCAAGUCUUCUGAGGAGGCAACAACUUAUCCAUCACGAGUUAGUACAUGUGGCUUGACGGCAAACACGAGAUACAUUUCUAGCCACGUCUUUAACGGGAGUUUGGAUGAUAUCAAGCAAUACACAUUUGACUUUGGUGUCAUUGCAUUAGCGGUGUCCGAAACAGAGGCAACUGUCCGGCUGAAUCCUCUUCUCAUACCCAGGCACAACAGCGCCAAUCGGGCCACCGACGCCGCCACAUCUGAUGAGAGCUCCAACAUUGACAGUGAAGAGCGUAACAGCCUUUCAGACGUCUCUGAAAUAGUCGAUUCAAAUGGCUUGUAUCUGUGCAUCACUGGCGACCGCAAACACUCAGCGGUGCAGUGGUCGAGGAUCAAAGAGGGAGUCAACACGUAUCUGUUCAGCGGUUUGCGCCCCAGCACUAACUACUCCCUGUGUCUGACCUACAGAGGGGAGGACUGCGAGGUCCAGGUGCUGUUCACCACCAGGAGGAGGGUACCUAAUCUGUUUAUCAUCAUCUCCGUCAGCAUCUGCCUCCUGACCGUGUCCACUGUGCCUCUCCUCGGUGCAACGUGCUUCCACCUGGUGUACAAAUACCGCAGCAAGACCUACAAGUUGAUCCUGAAGGCCAAAGGCCAGUACCACAUGGAGAGGAACCUCACCGCCAACUUUAACAUCCGCGCACCUCACACCGAGUCCCGGAGGAAGAUUAACGGAAGCCAGCUGGAUGAGGAGGAGGGGGAGACGGAGAGCGGAGACGGAGAUAAAGAGGCGGAUACAGAAGAGAGUAUCAUGACUGAGUCCUUUUCUUUGUCUCAGUGCAGGGGGAAUUUAGACAACUGUGAGGUCGGAUCAGAGAAUAGUGAUAGGUUACCUUAGGGAGCUGAAGCAGUGAAUAUUUCAAGCAGCAACAAAUAUCCAAAUCAGUAAUUGUUGACAUCGUUUGCUGUUUACUUUUUGCAUGUGGGUAAAGGGUAAAACUAUAGACUUCAUGAAAGACGUAGACGUCGACACAGUGAAGUCACACUUUGGUUUGUGGACGACUGUUUUGAAUCCAGACAUAUUGCUUUUUUCCACAUUUAUCAUACACUGACUUGCUUUACUUUCAGAGCUGCAUCAUUCAGUCACUAGACAGGCUACCAUAGCACUAGCUAGGCUGUAUCGAUUGUCAGUCGAUGUUUUCCAGACAAACGUUUCAAUGAAAGCUGCAGGCCUGUCCAUGUUAACCUUGUUACUCUACCAGAUGAGAACAUAAAUACAACUCUUACGUUUGUCAGGUAAAUAUGCAGCUACAGUCAGUGAGCUUAGCUUAGCACAAAGACUAGAAACAGGGGUAAACAGCGGUACUAACAGUAUUAGCUGGCUUACUAACAAGCACACAGAAAGUGCACAGCUUUACCACAGCUGGACAAUUCUCUUUAAUUUUAAUGAUAGAAGAUGCAAAGAAUUUUAAAAGUGUAUCUAGAUCCAGAUCCGCACCAAAUUACACACAGUGAUAGACAAUCGUGGGAUGCAGGAACUAGAUACAAUAUUAAGAAAUCUCCUGGUCAUGUUAUUUGGUCCAGCUAUCUACAGAAUUUCAGUAAACGUUUAAAUAGCUUUGGGAGUAACAAAAUACAUCUAACGGUGUUACAUCGUACAUGUGCACAGGUUAAUACUACACGAGUCUCACUCAGAGGCCACUGGUGAAGAAAUGCUUUCGCUGGGUGGAAAUAUGGCCUUUAUUUCCAUAUUCAAAGCAGAAAAAGGGAACAACAUAACAGUACAGCUGAAGUUAUCACAAAGCAAGACGGUUUGCACAAGAUUAUUCUUUUUAAUGAGAGGCAUCCCAGCGUGAAAACAUGGUUCGUAGGAGAUCAGCAAAACAAUUUAAAUGUCUGGUCUGCUGACAUAAUACAGGACAAACUGAGUUAAUAUAAUUUAAUUAAUAUGCAUACUGCUGCUGCUCGAAGUUAAAAUCUGGUUCAAAUGUAACAAAUAAUUUGAAUCCUUUGAAGAUAAUAGCAUUUUCACAGCUGAAAGUCAUAACUUGCAUUUUUGUUGUUCCCCAGUUCUGUUUCAAAGACAAAAUAAUGGUGAAAUUACAACUUUCGUGUUGAGGUAAUCCAAAAGUAACGUAAUCAAGAUAAUUUAACACUGUGAUACUUGGAUUUGGUAUUUAGUAAUUGUAUCGAAAUACAUAUUUGAAGUAACCCUCCCAACCCUGAAAAUAUCCAACGUAAACAUGAAGGCUUAUUUGUUCAUUUGAGCUUUUUGUCCGGUUUGUCAGUGAGAAAUCGAUCUUACAGCUGCAACAUUUUGUACAAACAUUGAGUUAGAUUAGCUGGCAUGAAAGCAUUGAAGCCUAAAAUAUACAAUUAAUUAGUUUAUUGUUGUAGUAGUAUAAGUUUUCUGCCAGAAACCAAUCAUAUAAAAAGUAUCACUGUACACAUAUUGCCUCUGUCUAUUUAUUAAGAGCAUCUUUGUUAAAAACCAGUUCUUAAUAAGAAGCUAGUGAGUGAGAAGAAGAGUAAACAAAAAAUGUCCCUGAUUUUUGCCAACUGGAGUCCAGUUGAGGACUAUCGAGGUUUGACAACAACAAAAGGACGCAUACAACUAAAUGUAACAAAACUUGUGUCAUGUGAUAUGCAUUGCAAAAUGCUUAGAGCAAGUGUAAACUAGAUUUAGGCAGUAUAAAUGGACUAACUGUUGUCAAUUAUACUAUAAUUCUGCUUUGAACUUGCAGUAAACUUGUGCUGAUGUAUUAGGAGUGCAGUAGCUUGAAAAUACAGAAACUUAAUCCUCUCAUACGACUUUAAAUGUUUAGAAAGAGUUGUUUCAAAGAGAAAAACAUAUGAGGAUAACUGUUUUCAUGUUAAAUAAAACUACACUAUACACUACACUAUUUCUCGCUAGUAAAAAUGUAAGUUCAGUGUUAUCCACAGAGUCUACUGCAUACCGUGUGUAACAGUGCAAGCACCUCUGAGUGAGUAUGUGAAUUACUGCCCCGUUGUAUCUGGGUCACGUGUCCAUCCCGUUGUUUUACCCCGAGGGUACUGUGUUAGAAAACCCGCAUGUUGCCUGUUGUUGUGAGCCGCAGUAUGCUGUGUCUCAUGUAAAUAUUGAACAAUUGACUUAAAAAGUAACAUUUUUUCUGUUUUAUACCCCUGUAAAAUAGGAAGCAGUAGGUCUUUACCAAAGUGUUUAAAUAUCCUGAUUAACUCUCCUUAUCCUAUGUGCCUCAAUAAAGUUUUGACAAA